UUAAAGAGGCAAUCGUACUUUUUAAGAAUAUCUUCAACACUGUCAUUCGAAUUGUUGGUACCAACAUGUACCAAAAUCAAAUGGUAUCGAUUGUCCAAAAAGGAUAUCUUACGUCUUAACCUUUCUAUCGUUGCACCAGGAAAAGAAUGUAAAUCUACUUCAUAAUUCAGAAGAUUCGCCGGUAAAUAUUCAUCCAAAUAUUUAACCAUUGAAUCUCCAAUUAUAAGUAAUUUCAUCUUUUUUGGUUGCAUAUCGGCAAAACAAACAACUACAAAUCGAAACACAGAUCAAUAAUUAUAUAUGCUGUAAAUAAAAUGCAACUAUAAAUUAAAUGAAAAUCAAACACUAAUCAUAAAUAUAACAAAAUACAAAUAAUUAUUAAUAGAAAAAAAGAAGAUAAAUAGCUGAAGGAAAGCGAGAAAAAUGGCGCAAAAAAUACACACCUCACACUCGCUAAUUAACACGUGAACUAAAUUAGCGCCAAUUCUUGACCUCGCGGAAAAAUUUACGGGAAAAAAAUAACGCCAAAUGCUCGCCAAGCUUUGUUGCCAACGGAGAUAUCAAAGGUACAUAUCCGGUGAUGACGUAGAACACACUUCCGGGUUCCGAUUUGCGGAAUUCUGUAAAACUCGCUGAAUCCAUCUUCGUUAAGUUGGAGUUGAGCAACAUUAUCAGAACACUUUUCCCUACAAAAGAUCGUUCCAUCCUAUGGCAACAUUGCGCGUCUUGUAGUUUGUUUGUGAAAUUUGCCGAUAUGGCUACUCCGUUAGAGCAAUUUAUUGUUAAAGUGCGAAGCUUAUCUUCACAGGGAAGUUUCGAACCUCUUUGUGACUUUGUUUCUAAAAGUACAGAGCUAUUAUUAAAGAAUGCAGCUCUUCUAGAUGAUGUAUUAGCUACUCUUGAUCUUCAGGAGCAUUCUUUAGGUGUAUUAGCUAUUCUAUGUGUAAAAUUUAGCCUGCCAAACAUUCCUGAAUAUGAAGUCUUGUAUGCUCAAGUUCAAGAAUUUAUUACAAGUUGUAAUGGAGAACAAGUUCGUUUUGCACCAGAUAUUUUUGCUCAGCUGUGCCAUUUAUUCACUCGGAGUUUAGUAGAAAGGCAACAGUACAUGAGGGGUAUAUCUCUUCUUUGUAAAGCUAUUCUCAAAAUACAGCUUUUUACAUCCCAGUUGACAUCAAUUCAUGCAGAUUUAUGUCAGCUCUGCUUAUUAGCAAAAUGUAUGAAGCCUGCUCUCCAGUUUUUGGAUAUUGAUAUCACAGAUAUUAGUAAAGAGAAUGGAAACUAUGAUACUAAGCAUUUUCUUCUGUAUUUUUAUUAUGGUGGUAUGAUAUACACAGCCUUAAAAAAAUAUGAUAGAGCUUUGUACUUCUUUGAAGUGGUAAUUACAACUCCAAGUAUGGCUGUGAGUCACAUAAUGUUAGAAGCUUAUAAGAAAUACAUACUUGUAUCCCUGAUAUUAUAUGGGAAGGUUCCCAACCUUCCAAAACUCACAUCCCAAGUUGUUGCAAGAUUUAUAAAGCCUCUUAGUCAACCGUAUCAUGACUUAGCUGUUGUAUAUUCUUCAAAUAGUCCUGUUGAAGUUCGUAAUGCAAUAUCUAAACAUACUGAAAUAUUCAUUAGGGAUAAUAAUAUGGGACUUGUGAAACAGUGUGUGUCCUUUUUAUACAAGAAAAAUAUUCAGAGGUUAACUAAAACAUUUCUGACCCUGUCAUUGAGUGAUAUGGCUAACAGAGUUCAGCUUUCAGGACCCGCUGAAGCAGAAUUUUAUGUCCUAAAAAUGAUUGAAGAUGGUCAGAUCUUUGCUUCCAUUAACCAAAAAGAUGGAAUGGUUGUCUUUCUUGACAAUCCUGAAAAGUACAAUACUCCUGGCAUGUUUCAAUAUGUGGAAGAUGAAAUGAAGAGAUGCAUUCUUUUGGAUGAAAAGUUAAAGCAAAUGGAUCAGGAUAUAAUAAUUAAUCCGAAGUAUAUUCAGAAGAUCCAUGGAUUAGAACUGCAUGAGGCAAUGAUGGAUGGUGAUGAUGGAUUAGUGAGGAUUAGUGAAGAAUGAUGGAUUAGUCAGGAGUAGUGAAGAAUGAUGGAUUAAUGAAGAAAUGUUAAAAAUUUGCAUUAUUUCAGACAAAAAAGAAUGUAAACAGUGUCAUUCCAUCACAAAUUUCCACUUAAUUAGUAGUAAUAAAAUUAAUGAAAUUAGGAUUAUACAGUUGAUUCUUGUUAUACAAACUUAUUUUCUAAAGAAAAAGGAUGUUAUUAUGAAUGGUCAAAUGGAAAUGGACUUAAUAUACUCUCAUCUGUUGUGGACUUAUUCCAUUAGUCAUUGUAAUGGAGCAGUUGUUAUAAUGAGCAUCAAUUGUAUUUAUUAUUUCUAUUAUUAUAGUUUUGCUUAAAUUUUCAAAUUUUAAAUAUUGUUUGAAUGGUGGAAGGUAGGGACCUAAGGGAAAAAAAAAAAUUGUAUUCUUCCUGUAUAAUUCGUUUGAAUAGAGUACUGGUCAGUAGUUUGUCCUAAGGUAUUUAAUUGUAAUUUAUACAGUUUAUUGCUGAUCCAUCUCCAAACAAUAUUUCAAUAUGAAGCCAUUUUAUCAAAAUUGAAAAUUGAUCUGAAAGGUGCAAUUAAAUCAAUACUCAGGUUUGUCAAGAAUAAUGAAUUUAAGUGUGUGUCCUGUUUCCUAAUGCUUGAUGGUAGUUCACCUUUGUUGAAAUUUAUAUAUUCAUUCACUUUAGUUUUCAUAUAGGAUUGAAAGUCUACUGGCUGAUUCUUCAUUGGUAUAAAUGGAUACUGAUGUGGCCAUGCUUUUGCCACAAAAAUGACUAAAGAAACAGUCAUAUUAUGAAACAGUCAUAAAAUGAAUAGAGAAACGGACUAUUAUAAGGUCAUAGUUUCAUAAGUUUCGUUAAGUAAUAACAAGACACAAAAUGAUGUGUACAUAUUUGAAACAGUACAACCACAACCAGCUGAAAGCUGAAAUGUGUUCUGUAUUUUAAAAACUUCAACUAAAGUAAAAAUAAAUUAUUUUAUUAGCUUGCAAAAA